UGUGAAAUCGUGAAUCUGAAACCUAGGACCACAACGAGCCCGCGCGCUUCUUGCGUGCAGCAGCAGCAUCCCUUCACCCGCCGGCCAGAGUUUCGCCAGCUGGGGGCUCCGCAUCAUCAGGCAAGUGUUCCAGUUUUGCAAUCUGCCAUGGUGGCCGCCCUCGGCACCAUCCUACGAGGCGAUAUAUACCAAGAGUAAUACAGCUAUAACAGAAAGGCAGUGGAACCGUGCGUGCGCGAAGAUCUGCUGUUAUGUAUGGUCGCGCCGCGCUGCUACUGCUGCUGGCGUUGUCCUUGGCAGGAGUUGUCACAGCUCUGGCCGCACUGGGUCUCGCAGGGAUGGGAAGAUAGUUGAUUGUCCCUUCCUUUCUGUUUGGCGGUAUAUAUGGCUCUAUUGCAUCUAGGUCAUCUGUACGUGUGAAUAACUGCACUGUUUAUAUUAAUGGUUGACGGUGAGAUAUCCAAGACAUGUGCAAAUCUUCAAAACCGCGGUAUCCAUGGUAUUUACUUCCCAUACCUGUACAUAUGUAUGUAUGCGCUACCAGUAUAUCUCCAUACAAUUUCCUGGAUCAGACCUUACAUGUCCAAAGGUACGUGCAAGUAUCCACAUGAACGGGAUGAUAAGGGGGUGCAUGACGUUCGUCCUACCGCACAUUCGGCACUACUUUGCCUCACCCGUCUGACCAUGGGUCUGCCGACUGUAAACGGUAAUCUAUACCACAGAAUAUAUACGUUUGAUUUGAUUUCCCAUUUGACAAAGAUUAAGACCCCGUAG